AUGAAGGACCUGGCACUUGGCGUUCUUGAACUUCAUGUGGUUGGCACAGGCUCAGCUCUCAAGGCUGUCAAGGUGCCUCUGGAUGGCCUCUCUCCCUCUGCUGUGUCAACUGCACAACACAGAUCCAAAACAAAUUUCAGUGUUACCUCUCACCAUAACAUUGAGCAACCAGAAUUGUUUCAGCAGCACUGUGCUUACAGAGUGAGACUGAACGCUGAACUGGGGGACCGAGCACAUCCGCCACGCUUCAACCCCAAUUCCCACCCGCCACAGCGCUCCGACCGGCAGCGCCACGGCAGUGGGCAUGCGCCUGUGGCGGGGGCCCCGCCCCCUACCCCUCGGGCGCUUCCAUCGCCGUGUGCACGCAGGGGGGAGAGGGUUGUGUUUCCCCCCAGGCGUCCCCGCUGCCCGUGGAGCUGGCUCACGGCGUGUGAUGGUGUUCCCCCCCUCCCCAGAGCGCAGUGGUUCGGCCCUCUGGAAGCAGGCUGGGAGCGGCAGGGGCUGCUGUUCCUCUCGCCGGAGCGUGCUGAGGCCGGCGGGAGCUGCAGGGAGCCGCCGCGUGGUCGGGAUGGGUGCGGCGGGGACGAGGCGGGUUCGCCAGCACUCCUUCUGCCGGGCCGGACCCAGGUACCGGGGUACCCUGGCAGUACCGAGCCGCACCGAUCUCCUGACGGCGGCCGGACAGGUCAAGAUGGAAGCAGUGGAAGUCUGUUGAUGUCUGUAAGCAAGAACCAGCAUGACCACAAGAUUUCUCAACAAUGUGUGUUCUAGUGUCUUUUGCUGGAAGUUCAGAACCUCACAGACAGCUGUGGGAAAAGACUGAGCAUGAGACGGGAAUACAAGAAAAAGUUACAAAGUACUGAUUCCCUGGCUGCCCUACAACUGUCUUAUGAGGAAGAAUUGUUCCAGCCAGCCUGAGACCAGUGGCAGUCUAUGCAAGAUUACUCAAUAAGAAACAAA